AUGGCUUCUUUGAACUUUUUUGUUCCUCCAAUUGCAACUACUACCCAAAGAAGAGUAGUAUAUAAUAGAGCUACAUCAGCAAAAAGUUCUGGAGGAAGCAAUGAAGAGAAGUCAAUCUUGGAUUUUUUCCUAGGGGCAUUAACAAAAGAAGACCAAUUAUUGGAGACUGAUCCAAUCUUGAAAAAAGUGGAGGGUAAGAGUGGUAUCACCACAACUGUCAGCAGCAGCAAGAAAUCAGUUUCAAGCCCUCCUCCCAAGAAGAAUUCCAAUGGUUUUGGAGGCUUCGGGGGCCUCUUUGCAAAGAAAGAAUGA